UUCCCCUUCCUUCACGCGUUUUUUAAAUUUUUUUCAGCUCCUAUCGUUUUCAAAUUUGUGGUUUUUAUUUUCGAAAAACUUGUUCCUGCGUUUAGCUCACUUUUCUAGCCGUUAAAUCUUUGCAGGGCUCUAAACCUCGAUUCAGAUCACCUCAUUGUGGGGUAUUUGUCUUUUUGUCCACUCGGCUAUAUUUUGAUUAUUUUCUGGCUCUGCCUGUCAAUUUCUACUUUCCCUUUUCUUAAUUUCUCGCGUACGCCAUUGUCAUUCAUCUUCGUUUUCUGUUUCUACUCUAUUUCUCACCGUUUGCUCCGAAAAAAACUUUUUCCCUGCUUCCAUAGGCGCUACUCUGUGUCUGUUACAAUCCGAACUCCUCUGGCCUUUCUGUUUCCCAAUUCAGAAGAAACCAAUUCGGUUUAAUCGACACUAAUCGAUCUCGGCAAUUGGGUACAGCAUUGGCGGUUCUCACCCUACUAAUAAGGCCGAGGAUUGCAGAACAUCUGCAUCUCAGCUUUGCGCAGUUGCCAUCGUUUUAGAUACUCUUUUUUUUUUUUUUUUACGCUCUUUUAAUAGUUAAACGAUUAAACGAUUCUGUCUUCCCCCCACUCUGUUCUCCUCUCUCUCGCCGUCUCACUUUUCGAAUCGUGGGGAUAUAGUGUCGCUAAAAUUUCGCUGAUUUCGCUAGCCCACUCACAGAAGCAGUUGUUUUCUCACUCUUUAUAGAAAGAGAAGAGAGUUUUAGCAAACAAACAUUCUUUUUUUCCCCAUCUUAUUAUUUCUUCGUCUCCCUCCUUAUUGUUUUGCUGGGGAAAUUGUUGCAAUUUUCUCGGGAAACUGGGGGAGAAUGGAAAAGAUUUGGAUUUUGAAAUGGGUAUUGCUGGUUUGGAUCAUGGGUCGUCACGUGGAAGGGCUUGGUGUAAAUUGGGGUACUCAGGCCACUCAUCAGUUGCCUCCAGACACAGUGGUUCAAAUGUUGAAGGACAAUGGAAUUCAAAAAGUGAAGCUGUUUGAUUCAGCUGAUAACACCAUGACUGCUCUGGCUGGUACGGGGAUCGAAGUCAUGGUUGCCAUUCCUAAUAAUCAGCUUGCUGCGAUGAAUGAUUAUGAUCGAGCGAAACAGUGGGUGAAAAAGAAUAUUACGCGUUACAACUUCAAAGGAGGGGUUAACAUCAAGUAUGUAGCAGUUGGGAAUGAACCAUUUUUAAAAUCUUAUAACAAUUCAUUCUUGAAUAUCACAUUCCCAGCACUACAGAACAUUCAAAAUGCCCUUAACGAAGCUGGUGUUGGAAACACCAUAAAAGCCACGGUGCCCUUAAAUGCUGAUGUAUACGAGUCCCCAACAAAUAAUGCUGUUCCUUCUGCAGGUAGGUUCAGGGCUGAUAUAAAUGAUCUCAUGACCCAGAUAGUCCGAUUCAUGAACCAGAAUGGUGCGCCAUUCACUGUAAACAUCUACCCUUUUUUAAGUCUUUAUGGGAACGAUGAUUUCCCUUUUAACUACGCUUUCUUUGAUGGCGUUACCACCCCUGUAAACGAUAAUGGGAUUCAAUACACAAACGUGUUUGAUGCAAACUUUGAUACCUUAGUUUCUGCUCUGAAGGCAGUGGGAUAUGGAAACAUGACCAUUUUGGUUGGAGAAGUAGGGUGGCCUACAGAAGGGGACAAGAACGCCAAUGUAGGCAAUGCUAUAAGGUUUUACAAUGGGCUUUUGCCCAGGCUUGCGGCAAAUAAAGGCACACCACUUCGCCCUGGAUUCAUUGAAGUUUAUCUAUUUGGACUUAUUGAUGAAGAUGCCAAGAGCAUAGCUCCUGGUAACUUCGAGCGUCACUGGGGAAUAUUCAGGUACGAUGGGCAGCCUAAGUUUCCAAUGGAUCUUUCUGGUCAGAAUCAAAACAAAUUACUAAUAGGAGCCCAGAAUGUGAAAUAUUUAUCUUCAAAGUGGUGCAUGUUUAACCCUGAUGCCAAAGAUCUCAGUAAACUUGCUGAUAAUAUUAACUAUGCCUGUACUUACGGAGACUGUACAGCACUUGGAUAUGGGUCUUCUUGCAACAACCUGGAUGCUAAUGGCAAUGCCUCGUAUGCAUUUAACAUGUAUUACCAGGUGCAAAAUCAGGACGACAUGGCCUGCAAUUUUCAAGGUUUGGCCAAGAUUACCACGCAGAAUAUUUCAACACCCACGUGCAACUUUAUGAUUCAGAUUUCAUCAUCCUCUUCUCUGAUGUCCUCAUUCGUAUCUUCCUUAUUUAUCACAUUAUCCAUGAUCCUAUUUUUUUAGAUUUUUUUUGUACAUAGAUCAGAGUGGAGUACUAUUAUAUUAUAUAUUUAUAUUUACCACCAGUUCUAUUAUAUUUAUAGUCCUUGUGAUAUUUAGUUGACUGAUUCAGUUUAGUGACCAUUCCGCUGAUUUGGAUGAUCACUUAGUAAA